AGAUGGAGACACAAUCGCAAAACAGUGAUGUGGCUUUGCGAAAACCGAGUUGUCAAACUAUGACAGAAUGUUUAGUUUUAAGUCGAUUUAUUUUGUUUUAUUUUACCUAGUUCUAAAUAAUGCAAAUGGGCAAAUAUCCGACAAAAGGUUGUGCUACGAUGAGAAAUGUUCAGUUCCCAUUUCAUAUGCAAAAACUCUGUUAAGUUAUUCUAGUCCAGAUGCUAGGAUCUUAUCCUUUUUGUCCAAUGAGGAAGUUAAAAUCUAUAGCAAAUCAGCUGGUUCGGAUGCAAGCUUAUGGGGGGCUGAAAUCAGAGGAAAAAGGGGUUAUGUUCCAAAAAUGCAUGUCAGGGAAUAUAGAGUUCUGAAAAAGCCAACCCAUCUGGUAGAUACUGAAUUAGUUGUAAAAGAUGUGCCUAAAAUUGAGCCAAAAAGUGUUAAAGAGGAAUUUGAAGUGGUCGAUGGCACUACAAUAUAUUUAAAUCCAGCUGAUAUAAACCCAAGUUCUACAGAAGAAUUAUUACAUUCAACAGUGGCACCUAAUAGUUCUAUCAAUAAUGUACAAACAGAAGAGAAAGUCAAUGAAAACCCCAUACCAGAGGAUAAACAAAAAGAAGAAACUCCUCAAGCCGAAGAUAAUGAUAAAAAAGAAGCCAGCACAGAAGAAAAAACCGUAGUAGAUAACGUACUUGAUACGUUAAAUAACAUGAUGGGAGGCGAAAAAACAUCUGAAGAAGAAUUCGAUGAUGAAGAGGACGAUGAUGACGAAUUCGAUGAAGACGACGACGAAACAGAAGGCGAUGAGAGCAACGAAGAAGAAGAUGUAAAACCAGAAACUGUCACAGAUAAUAAAAUAACAGAAGAACCAAGUAAAAUUGAAAAAACGCUAAACAUCACAAAUGUAUCUAACGAAACUUUAGAUCAUUUCAAACCUACAGAACCAUUAACAAAUAUGUUUGAAAAUAAUUUAAAUAUUGCAAGUUAUAGUGCAAACUUGCAAGAACCAAUUUUAAAAACCGAUACUACAAAUAAUACGAAUGUGGAAGUUCAACCUCCAAAUGUAGCAGCACCAGAACUUAAUGUUGAGGUGCCAAAAGAACCAACUGAAGAAAAUAAAGUAAUAGAUGCAUUUGAAGAAAUUAAAACUGAUACUCCAGAAAUUAAAAUUGAGGCUCCAGAAAUUCAUCUAGAGACCCCAGAAGUAAAGAUUGAACCACCAGAAGAAAUUAAAGAAAUCAAAGAGGAAGCUGAUUCAAAGUCUGAUAAAAAUGUUCAGUUAAUUGAAGAUGUAGUGCCUAAAGAAGAAAUUUUACAAGGACCUUUAGUUGAAAAUAGUAAGGAAGUAAUAAGUGAACAACCGCAUGUUGAAGAAGAAACCAAACAAGAAAAAGUUGUUGAAAAAGAACCUCUACCUCCUGUAGUUCCUGCUCCAUUUCCUGCAACCGAUUCUCCAGGUGCUGUUAAUGAGUUUGUAACACCAGAACCUAAAAACUACAAUACCGAAACCACCGACGAAAUUCCAUCAAAUAUAGUAGAACAAGAAGUUCCCACUCCAGUUCUUGUAACAGGAUCUCCAGAUGCUUUUAAUGAGUUUGUAACACCAGAACCUAAAAACUACAAUACCGAACCCAUUGACGAAGUUCUAUCAGAUGUAGAAGAACAAAAACCAUUGAGGGAAGUUAAAAUUGAAGAAAACCCAGCUACUACACAAUAUAACUUUUUCGGGAAUAAUGAAGUUAAAACAGAACAACAAAGUCAUUCUGAGACUGUAACUUCAACUGAAGCUGCAACUGCAACUGAUUCUUUAACGGAAGCUGCAACCGAGGCCCCAACUGGUUCUCUUUUUGGAAGCUUUUUUGGUGGGUCCUCAGAAGCAGUGGAAACCUCUACGAAGGAACCAGACAACCAGGAACCUUCUAAAUCCGUAGAGGAAGUUACCAAAAGAGAUGCAAUUUUGGACAUCAUUACCGAAGCCGUAAUCGAUUCCAACAAGCCGGGGGAAGAAGACACGUCUCCCAUCUUCGUCGACAAGAUUCUCGAGGCCGAUUUUAAAACUGAAGACGGCCUCUUCACGAAAAUGUACGAAUUUUUCUCGCCGAGUCGCGAAGAAGAUUCGGAGGUGCCGCUUUUGCCCGAGCUGAGCGAAGGAUUGCUGCCUUCCAAAAACGUGGAUAACGAGUCCAAUGAUAGUAGAUACUUCAGUUUCAAUGGAGAUGUACUUAUUUACCUCACCACGACGGCCGUGUCCGUGAUAAUUUUCCUGUUUGGUUACAUUGCGAUGGAUAAAAGUAAGCGCGAGACUCCGUUGAUCGCUAAGAUCAACAAGUUGGAAAAACAGUUGCUUAUCACCAUGAAGGAAAAGGAGAUCCUCGAAGAGCAAGGGUGUCUUGUCGGAACCCCCGUGCCGAUUGUGGACACCGGAGAAAUUGAAGCACUAAACCGACAAAUAGCCGAGUUAUUAAACGACAAGUCCUUGCUCGAGGAGCAGAUUCAAGCUUUGGAAAAGGAACUUGAUACGUCAACGGAAGUAGGAAUGGAACUGAAUAGAAUCGUAUCGGAAAUGUUAAACUCCACAAAUGGAAGCGAGACUUUGAAGGCAAACGUGGAGCAUCUUCAAAGACAAUUGCUGGAACAACAAGACACCAUUAAUACCAUAAACGAGACUCUGAGCCUAAAAGAAACCGAAAACGUCGAGUUACACCUGGAGUUGGAUAUAAACAAUAAGAAAAUUCUUGGUUUGCAAACUGAACUUGAUAAGACAACAGAGAAACUAUUAAAGAUAGAGGACGAGCGUGACUUGCAACAGAGCUCUUUAGAGGGCGAAAUUACUUUGUAUCAGCAAAAACACAAAGAGGCCUUAAACCAAAUUGAAGCGCUACAAGUAGAGAUCCAACAGCAAAAAUCGUUGCUUACCGAGUCUACAAGGAACGCAGAGCUAAAAGCAAAGGAAUAUAAUAUGCUCAAGAGCAGCUUGGACCAAAUUAAAGGAUUUAAAAACGACAAAGAAACUCUUAAGUCGAUCUUGGAUGUUACUACUACUAAAGCUGAGUUACAGCAAUUCAAAUCGGAGAACGAACAAUUAGCAAUUAAGUUAAGUCACGAGGAAGUAGCGCAAAUCAAUUUGAAGAAGCAAAUUGAAAGUGUAAAAGAAGAAUGUGACAGACUAAGGAACAAAUAUGAAGCAGCUGAUAAAGAAAAGUUGGAAAUUAAUACCAAGUUGGACGUUUUAAAUAAUUACUUUAAGGAAAAGGAGUCGCAAUUGCAAAAGGAAAUAAGCAGAUAUGAGAGCAUAUGGGCAACGAAAGAAGGAGAAGCCACAUCUACGACCGAACGAAUCAAAUACAUACAGGAAGAAUUACAAAAUUACAAGGCCCAGAACGAAACGUUAAAACAAGAAAUCGUUAACCAAGAGGUUGAACUAAAAUCUCAGAUUUCAGUUUUAGAAAAGAAAAUUCACGAGAAUUGGGUGACUGCUAGACAAACAGAACGAAAAUUAGAGGAUGCCAAACAAGAGGCAGCUCAGUUACGAAACAGACUAACACUUAGAGAACGAACUCUGACUGAAGAUAAAACACACAACAGAUUACAGUCUCCCAUGGAAAUGAACGGCGACCACCCUCUUUCCCCGCCCCCACUUCAAAACCCUGCCUCCCCGCCGCCGAUGCUUUAUUACUCCCGCGACCACAUGACCAAAUCCCCGCCGAUUCCCGGCCUUCCAUUCUUGCCACCGCCCCCUGGCGCUCCGUUCAUGCCGCCUCCGCCCGGCAUGCAUAACGCUUUCAUGCCGCCUCCACCGCCCCCCAACCUGUUCCCCGACAGACGGCCGCCCCCGUUGGGCCGAAUGUCGUCGCCGCCGCCGAGGUAUACGCCCGACUCGACCGUGUACUCGGGGUACGACAGGAACAGUCCGUCGCCGCCGUACGACUCCGAGUAUGGUACUAGUCCGCCGCCGCCGAACAUGAGGGCCUAUAGUCCGUACAACAGCAGGAGAGAAUACAACAGACAUGCGCAUAAGACCAACGGAAGAAAUGCAAAAGGUUCUGGAUUAAGUUCCGGUUCGGAUCAGUCUCAUGAAUCAUCAGGAAAGCCAAACAGAAAGCAGCACUCUAAAGUUUGAUAAACAUCAUCGUCUCCGUUUCAUACAAAAUUAGUUUUUUUGCGAAGACUUCGCAUUUUAAAUGUUUUUUAUUUUACGUUGAUAUUGAUAUUUUUGUUAUGAUUUCAUAUUUCACUAUAUUUUAAAUGUAUAAUUGUGUAUAAAGUUGUAUAAAGUAUUAAAAUAAAAUACGUAAAAAUCAA